GGAUGCUCUCAGCUGGGUGGCGGGAAGAUUUUACUCCGGAGCGGAAGAAAGAUCGGCUCGAGGCCUGGGUGCUUUGAAGUCGGAGAUCCGAGAGUCGGAGAUCGGAGAGUCGGACACAGGAGAGUCGGACACUGGAGAGUCAGACACCGGAGAGUCAGACUGGGCUCCUCAGUGGGGAGAGGCUCUGGGAUAAGUACUGUUACAGCUUUGAAGGGUCAAGGGAGCCUUGGCCACCGAAGCCUGUUUAUUAGCAGCUGCCAUUUGUUGAAAGAAAUUUGGAUUAUUUUAGAAACAAAUUUGGAAAGAAAAAGAAUGGCGUCCGUUUCAGCUCUGACUGAGGAACUGGAUUCUAUAACCAGCGAGCUACAUGCAGUAGAAAUUCAAAUUCAAGAACUAACGGAAAGGCAACAAGAGCUUAUUCAGAAAAAAAAAGUCCUAACAAAGAAAAUAAAGCAGUGUUUGGAGGAUUCUGAUGCCGGGGCAAGCAACGAACAUGAUUCUUCACCUGCCGCUUGGAAUAAAGAAGAUUUUCCAUGGUCUGGUAAAGUUAAAGAUGUUCUGCAAAAUGUCUUUAAGCUGCAGAAGUUCAGACCACUUCAGCUUGAAACUAUUAACGUAACAAUGGCUGGAAAGGAGGUAUUUCUUGUUAUGCCUACAGGAGGUGGAAAGAGCUUAUGUUACCAGUUACCAGCAUUAUGUUCAGAUGGUUUUACACUCGUCAUUUGCCCAUUGAUCUCUCUUAUGGAAGACCAAUUAAUGGUUUUAAAACAAUUAGGAAUUUCAGCAACCAUGUUAAAUGCUUCAAGUUCUAAGGAGCAUGUUAAAUGGGUUCAUGCUGAAAUGGUAAAUAAAAACUCCGAGUUAAAGCUGAUUUAUGUGACUCCAGAGAAAAUUGCAAAAAGCAAAAUGUUUAUGUCAAGACUAGAGAAAGCCUAUGAAGCAAGGAGAUUCACUCGAAUUGCUGUGGAUGAAGUUCACUGCUGUAGUCAGUGGGGACAUGAUUUCAGACCUGAUUAUAAGGCGCUUGGUAUCUUAAAGCGGCAGUUCCCUAACGCAUCACUAAUUGGGCUGACUGCGACUGCAACCAAUCACGUUUUGACGGAUGCUCAGAAAAUUUUGUGCGUUGAAAAGUGUUUUACUUUUACAGCUUCUUUUAAUAGGCCAAAUCUAUAUUAUGAGGUUCGGCAGAAGCCCUCAAAUACUGAAGAUUUUAUUGAGGAUAUUGUAAAGCUCAUUAAUGGGAGAUACAAAGGGCAAUCAGGAAUCAUAUAUUGUUUUUCUCAGAAAGACUCUGAACAAGUUACGGUUAGUUUGCAGAAUCUGGGAAUUCAUGCAGGUGCUUACCAUGCCAAUUUGGAGCCAGAAGAUAAGACUACAGUUCAUAGAAAAUGGUCAGCCAAUGAAAUUCAGGUAGUAGUGGCAACUGUUGCAUUUGGUAUGGGAAUUGAUAAGCCAGAUGUGAGGUUUGUCAUCCAUCAUUCAAUGAGUAAAUCCAUGGAAAAUUAUUACCAAGAGAGUGGACGUGCAGGUCGAGAUGACAUGAAAGCAGACUGCAUUUUGUACUAUGGCUUUGGAGAUAUAUUCAGAAUAAGUUCAAUGGUGGUGAUGGAAAAUGUGGGACAGCAGAAGCUUUAUGAGAUGGUAUCAUACUGUCAAAACAUAAGCAAAUGUCGUCGUGUGUUGAUGGCUCAACAUUUUGAUGAAGUAUGGAACUCGGAAGCAUGUAACAAAAUGUGUGAUAACUGCUGUAAAGACAGUGCAUUUGAAAGAAAGAAUGUAACAGAGUACUGCAGAGAUCUAAUCAAGAUCCUGAAGCAGGCAGAGGAACUGAAUGAAAAACUCACUCCAUUGAAACUGAUUGAUUCUUGGAUGGGAAAGGGUGCAGCAAAACUGAGAGUAGCAGGUGUUGUGGCUCCCACACUUCCUCGUGAAGACCUGGAGAAGAUUAUUGCACACUUUCUAAUACAGCAGUAUCUUAAAGAAGACUACAGUUUUACAGCUUAUGCUACCAUUUCAUAUUUGAAAAUAGGACCUAAAGCUAAUCUUCUGAACAAUGACGCACAUGCUAUUACUAUGCAAGUGACAAAGUCCACGCAGAACUCUUUCAGGGUAACUGGCUAUUAA